AUGUCAGAAGUUCACAUUUACACAAUUGAGUGCAUUCUCGACCACGUAGGAGCCGAUCCAGGAGACACCACUGAAUCUGACUCUGAAAUUACAACCUCAAUUACCAUUGGUGGAAAGACAAAAUCCUCAGGUCCAUUCACUCUUCCAGUAAAUCAAAAUUUGAAUCCACCCCUCCAAUUACUAUUAUAUAAAGAUGCCAUUCUCGAUGCUGGAAAUCUUUCUGUGAGUAUGUUUGAAGUGGAUUCUACCACACCAAAUGAUACGAUUAUUGGAUGGACAUGGCUAGCUCCAAGAUUGCCUGUUGUUGGAAUUGCAAGUCAACCUUUCGUCUAUCCAUUUGGACAGGGAAGAGAAAAUCCAACACAGGAGAUGGUUAUGAAGGAAGGGUUAUUGUAA